CACAGUUAAAAUUAGGAACAUGUAUCUCUAUUUUGUAACAAUUUAUGAAAAUUAUUUCAUUUUUCUUAUAUUGUGCAUUUAAGCAAACAACAUCUGCAGAGAAGAAAGUCGAAAUAUUAUAUGGCUCAAGAGGAUUUUUCAAUGCUAGCCAGGCAUCCACAUUAUUGUUCCUAUAUGCCAAUCCAGCUGAUAGAAUCAGAGUGAUCAAGAUACUGGAACCUAGACUAUGUCGUAUGACAUGCCAGGAUGCUAGACUGAUAAUAGGUGCUGUAACUGUUCAAAAUGAUAAACUUAUUGUACUAGAUUGCAUCAAAAGAGUGCUCACAGACAGUCAGACGAAAUUAGGUGAAGAAUAUAUACUCAGUGCAUUUCCAUUUGAAUGUGAUAAAUUAAAAGCAAUGCAUAUUUUAAACACGGUGAGCUCAUUUGUUGGGGAGAAUGUUGCGGCUGGUGGUCACCAAGGUUACGCUGCCCUCGGAGGAUUGUACACACAAGCAAGACCAAUGGUUCCUCAUCUAUAUGGUGAUGUUAACUACCAAGCUCAACAAAUACCUGGGCAAGGUGCAGUUCAGAUAGCUCCACAAGCUCAGCCAGGUGUGGUCCCUUCAAUAUAUACGGGACACCCAUCUUAUGCCUACCCUCCCGACAUGAGCUACAUCAAAGAUCGUGGUUACCCGGGCUCCGCUGAGCAUCCAAUCACUGAAGCUAAUAUAAAACCUUACCCCGCUGGAGCCCCACCCCUGUCAUACCACAGUGGUGCCCCAAACCCGACCGGGUUCAAAACAAUGGCAUAAGAACCUUGUAUGAUCUAAAACUGGAGAUAACACUUUCAUUUCCAUAACUUUUUUAUGAAUACAAUUGGAAGAACAUUAAUUUUAUAUCACUCUUUAGAUUUAGUUUCUUUUAAUCUUUUGAAUGGAAUUUAAAAUUCCAGUUUCGGUAAUGUUUGUGAAGAAAUGAAAACAGUAUAAAAAAAAACUUCAAAGUUUUGUUUUUUUCUCUAAGACUUUAGUGGUUUUAUUCCCAGUAAAUGCAAUGGUAAUCAAAUGUAAUGCCAAUACAGUAUUUUUUUGCAUAAUAAUCAAAAUUGAAACAAUUUAUUAGAUAAAGUAUUGUGAAAUGUUAUCAGUAUUAUUGUUGUAGAAAUUGUCUAUUUAUAAACCAGUAUUACACCUGUUAAAUUUAUUCUUUAUUUACCAAAAUGGGUAUUGUAGUUUUUUUUCUGUUAAGUUUAAAAAUAUUACUGAAAUUAAGAUUUGUUUGUUAAAGAAGAUGUAUAUAUAUAUGUAUAUAAUUCUAUUUUUUAUAGCAUUCAUAGCUGCCAAGUUUCUAUUAUAUUAACUCACAUCAUAGAAAAGAAAUCUUAUCAUUCAUUUUUUACAUCUUAGCUUAUUUAGGAAUUUGUUUGGAUUUUUUUACACACCUUUUAAACUUAUAUCAAUGUUGUUUUUUAUAGACUUUUACAAAGUAAAAAUCAUGGUGAUAUAAAUAUACAUGUAGAUAUGAAAAGUUUAUAACAUAGAUUUUUUUUAAAACACCCAUUAUGCCUCAGAAAUGCUUUUAAUUUUAUUUCUCAAAAGCUUUUUAACUAAAAUGGUGUCCCUUUUUGGUAUCCAAAAAGUAACUCAUUGGCCAAGUACCUGAACCAUCUUUUUCAUCUAUUGCUGUUUGGCAAUUCAAGUACAGUUAUAGUGAAUUAGUAUUUUGUAUGGAAGUUAAAAUAAUACAUGCACUACUUUGGUUAUAUUUGGUACUUUAGCGUACGUAUAUAACAAACUUUUUUUACAUUUAUCGCAACGUUCUUCAGGUGAUAAGUAUCUAACAUGCUCUGAAAUCACUAUUUUAAUGUUAUAAAAUUCAUAAUUGCUCUUUCUAAAGAAGUAAAAAUGUAUUCAUUUUUGAGGCAUAAUGUGCCUUUAACUUAUACCAACAACUUGGGAACAGUAUUAUAAGACAAAUAGUUGUAGUGUUGUUUUUUGUAUUGUUAUGGAGUGCAAUUUAGACUGAAAGACAUGACUUAUGUGAUAUAAUUUUGUUUUUGUGUUAAAAGAUGCAUUUUUGUAUUAUCUUUUUUUAUGCUACAAAGAGUUUUAUUAACUUGCACUGACGUGCUUUACAGGUUUUUUUUAAUUGAGCCGUGUCACAACAAAACCAACAUAAUGCGUUUGCGACCAGCAUGGAUCCAGACCAGACUGCACAGGUGCGCAGGCUGGUCUUGAUCCAUGCUAAUAGCAAACGCAUUAUGUUGGUUUUGUCGUGAUGCAGCUCAAUUUUUCUUUUUUAACUUACAAACGACUUGUUUCAAAUAUAUUGAUGCAAUUCAUUAAUAAUCUUUUUUCCGGUAGUCUAGGGUAGAUAAAAUAUCAUGUUUUACUAUCAGUAUUAACAAUAAAGUUUAAUAACAUUAAAAAUGAUUGAUUUUUAAUUGAAAUUAUCUCGUGUAAUGUUUACAUUUUAUUUUUUAAAGAAGUAAGCCAACUUCUGUUAUACAUGUAUUUUAUUUUUAUUUAAUUCCACCAGUUUUGCAACAGUUAUCUUUUCAGAGGAUGAAAUGUUCAUGACUUGGUAAAAACAACAUCCCAGUAUAUGUAUUUAGAUUAAUUUCCAAUAGUGCUAUCCUUCAAAUUCAAGAGAAAGUAAAUGAGAGGAUGUUUGCAGUUUUAAUACAUGCAUUAUUGCAGUAUUCAAUAACUAUUAAAAAGCAAUAUCAAAGUUAACCAAAAAUUGAAAUGACUUAUUAACUCUAGAUUUAUAUUUUAUUAACUCUAUUUGAAUUUAAUUGAAUUGAAUGCUUUAAAUAACCGAAUCAUUUUAACAUUUUACCUCUACUCUGAUUAUCUCCCCUAUUAACACAUGGAUAGCACAGUUGAUAUCAAUAUUAAUUAAGAGUGGUAAAAGAAAUGGAAAAAGGCUCUGUAUGGUUUGAAGUGCAAAUUAAAUUGUGCUAAAUUUUA